AUGAAUUUCGAUCAAGAAAGUGAGACAAGUGUCUCAUCUUUUGAUGACGGCAGUGAUAUUAGUGACGAUACUGAAAGUGACGUGGAAAUGGAUGAAGAAAGCAGCGUUGUGGAAAAUAAAGACGAAGAACUUGAAUGGAAUUGGAGCGAAGACUUUAUCCCAAGUACAAAUUUUUCUUCAGCGGAAAUCAAAGGAUAUACAACGAUACCUCUUACAGAAAGCGUCGACCCAAUCGAUAUCUUCAAUAAAUUUUUUACCACGGAUAUCAUUGAUAUGAUUGUAACGCAAACGAAUGUUUAUGGAGAGAAGAAAUCUUUAGCGAAGGGAUCACCAAAUAAUUGGCAAAAAGUGAAUGAAAAUAAUAUUCGGUGUUUUCUUGGUGUAUUAAUUAUUAUGGGUUUACAUCGAGUACCUCGGCUUAGAGAUUAUUGGAGCAGAAACAAAGUAUUCUAUACGGAAAUGAUUGCCAAUGUCAUGCCCAGGAACGAAUUUUAUCAAUUGUUCUCUGCAUUACAUUUAAAUGAAGCGUUUGAUAGCGAAGAAUUAUCUUCACUGUCGCCGCCAGAUUAUUUAUUAAGUGAUCUUAUUGUUGAUUCGAUUAUUAUAUUAGAUGGAGCUCAUGAUGAACCAAAUUUCAAAAAAUUUAUCAGAAGUUUUUAUUCGUCAUUUAGUCAUAUUACGUUUAAUGUUGAAUGCAAAGAGAUGGUGACGAGUAUCGCAUCGUCCACUUUUUCAAGCACAUCAACAAAACAAUAUUUAACUGUAAUGGAACAAAUUGUUAUGUUGAAUGAUAAAAAGGACUAG